UUAGGGUUCUUGUAGAGGAUGGUUCGCUUAGGGUUUUCCGUGAGCGACGAUCAGCUGAAGGGAAUCUAGGUGAGGCGCUUAGGUCGGGUAGGAGGCGCAGAGCACCAUGGCGAUCCCAAAGGCGGAGAGGAGCCUUCAGGAGAUUGAAGAUCUCAUGCUCCGCCGCGUCUUGCAGCUCACUCUCUCGCCCCCAGCUGACGCGAGCAAUGCCCCUUCUUCCAAUCUCGUCUUUCUCGAGCAGAUCGCCGCGGAGCUGAUGAGCGAGGAUCGGCCGAUGCUGCUGUCCCGGGACCUGAUCGAGCGCGCGCUCAUGGACAGGCUCACGACGUAUUUCCACGCUCGGGAGGAGCCAUUGCUCUAUCUCAUCGCCUGCUAUCGGAGGGCUGUGGACGAGGGCCGCAAAUCCCAGGCCAUGAAGGACAAGAAAUCCAUGGUGUGGAUCCAGGAGACUCUCAACCAAGUCAAGGAAUUGGUUGUUUCCUAUGCCGGGAUCUCGAUCAUCCAUCCAGGAACAUUUCCACAGCAGGAGCUCCAGCGAAAUUCUUCCAAGCCUCUAUCGCCGCUACUGGCCGCGAUGAUGGACGAGUCCCCCUCCUCCGAGAGCUCCGGUUACAGCGGCUCCAAUCUACCACAAGGUUUCAUCGAGCAGACCAUAGCCAGAUUCCAGGGCGAGGAGUUGGACGCCAUCUUUCACGGGGUGUUCAUCGGCCUUCGCGACAGUGUGAUGAGGCUCUCGGCUCUCGGACCCUUCCAAAAGCCUCUGGGGAUUCUCGUCACGUUGGUCUCGUAUCCAGCACUCGCUAGAGCUUUGGUGAGGCACCCAAACUUUCACGUCAGGGGCAGUAAUGUCAAUGGAAGGAUUUUCGAGUUGGAGACCAUCUUGGGCCCGUUCUUCCACAUCGCUGCUGUUCCCGACUUGGUAGCGUUUGUGAAAGGCGAGCCGGACAUCGGCCGGCAAUGCUUUUCAGAUGCUUCGUCUAGGAGGCCGGCAGAUAUACUAUCUUCUUGUUCGGCCAUCAAGUCUUGCUUGCACCAUCUCCAGGAUGGACUGCAUGAGAUAGUACUCAAGCUGCUUCGCUCGGUCGAUACACGAGAGCAGGUCUUGGGCUUUUUAGGAGAUUUCAUAGAGAAGAAUGCGGGUAGAGCACAAAUUCAGGUCAACCCGCUUGUAAAUGGUAGCACGGGGUCGUUCGUCAACUUGAGCGCCGUCAUGCUCAAGCUCUGCGACCCGUUUCUUGAUCCUCCGUUCACUAAAAUGGACAAGAUUGAUUUAAACUACGUUCUCAAAAACGUCCGUGUAAACUUCAGUAACUUGACAGCUAUUCAUGCUACCUCGGAAGAGCUCUCUCGAUGGGUUGACAAGCGCAACUAUGCCCGUAUUGAAGGUUUCAGGCAGGCCCAGGCACAACGUGAGCAAGAAGAGUUGAUGCGGCUUCAAUCACAGGGAGCUUCAGCUUCUGUAGUACAAGCUUCGGUUUCUGGUCAAGGAAGCUUCUCGUUUAUCUGCGAAUGUUUCUUUUUGACAGCCAGAAGUCUGAAUAUAGGACCACUCAAAGCUGUUUCAGAUUUCAAGACUCUACUACAGGAUCUUUCGAGGCAAAAGGAUUCCUUGGAGGCGCUGAAGGCCAUGCAGGGCCCCGGGGCACCGGCGGAUCUAGAAAAUACUAUCAAGAACACAGAAAACAACAUAGAGCAGCUUACACAAGACCGAUACUGUUAUGAGGCGCAAUUUUUACGGGACUUGCAACUCUUGCAAGAAUGUGUCCGGUUUUAUCGCCUGAUGAUUGUUUGGCUUGUAAGUCUUGUUGGUGGUUUUAGAGUUCCUCUCCCUGCACCCUGCCCGAUGGAAUUUGCGUCCAUGCCGGAACAUUUUGUAGAGGACUCUUUAGAAAUGCUGCUUUUUACCGCACGGGUGCCGAAGGGUUUAGAAGGCGUUCCUCUGGACGAGUUCAUGAGCUUUAUUGUCAUGUUUAUGAGCAGUCCUCUGUACGUGAAGAACCCUUACCUGCGGGCAAAAAUGGUGGAAGUUCUAAACGCAUGGAUGCCUUCAAAGAACCAUUAUGCACCAGCACUGUCUUCAUCUCUGACGACAUUAUUUGAAGGGCAUCAGCUGGCCAUGGAUCAUCUUGUUCCAGACUUGCUGAAACUUUAUGUGGACAUCGAAUUCACUGGUUCUCAUACCCAGUUUUAUGAUAAAUUUAAUAUUCGGCAUAAUAUCGCAGAGCUCCUCGAGUAUUUGUGGCUCGUUCCCUGCCAUCAUAAUGCGUGGAAAAGGAUUGCUGUAACAGAAGAAAGAGGUUUUUACUUGAGGUACUUGAAUCUGCUGAUCAACGACAGUAUCUUCCUUCUGGAUGAGAGCCUAAAGAAGAUCCCCGAGUUGAAGGAGAUGGAAGCGGAAAGGUCAAACGUUCCAGAGUGGGAACGUAGGCCGCCACAAGAAAGGCAGGAAAGACUCCGACUGUUCCACCAGAUUGAACAACAUGUUCGCUCAGACAUGAUUCUGGCAAAUGAGAACGUCAAGAUGUUGCAAUACACGUCUUCAGAGAUCACGACUCCGUUUCUUCUUCCGGAAAUGGUGGAAAGAAUUGCAUCCAUGCUCAAUUACUUCUUGCUGCAACUAGUGAUCACGCAAAGGAAAGCUCUGAGGAUCAGGGACCCAGAAAAGUACGAAUUUAGACCCAAGGAACUGCUUUGCCAGAUUGUGGAGAUCUAUGCAAAUCUUGCCAGAGGUGACAUCCAUGGAGAAUUUUCAAAGGCAAUAUCUCUCGAUGGUCGUUCGUAUCGUGAUGAGCUGUUCAAGGAGGCAAUUGACGCGAUCCAUAUGAUCAAUCAGCUUCCACCGAAAACGAUGCAAGACUUUGUGUUGCUUGGUGAAAAAGUGAAGAAAGCUGUAUCUGAGGCUCAGGAUACUGAGGCUCUCCUCGGUGACGUUCCUGAGGAGUUUUUGGAUCCUAUUCAAUACACUUUGAUGAAGGAUCCCGUGAUUCUUCCGUCGUCGAAAACCACGAUUGAUCGAGCGACGAUACAGAGACAUCUCCUGAGCGACCAAACGGAUCCUUUCAAUCGCUCGCUCUUGACGGCCGAUAUGCUAGUUCCUAACGUGGAACUCAAAGCUAGAAUUGAGGAGUUCCUCCGAAAUGCUAGGAAGAAUUAAAGUCUCUUAAAUUAAGCGAAGGAAGAAAGAAAUUUUUUGUAUAUUAAUCUGUGUAUAUAUCAAGCUUGAACAUCACAUUUAAUCUAA